AUUAAUUUAUGUAUGAAAUGGCUUGAAUAUGUAAUUGGGUAUUUUGUACCUGUGUUAGACUGUUAGAAAGUUGUUGGUGAUGUGAUCACAAUAUGAAUAUAGAAAACAUGAAUUCUUUAGGUCAUAUCUAUUAAAUCAAGGGCAGAGAAGGUUUCGUUUCUCUGAAUGUGAGAAGCCCAGGCUAUCUGACACACCCUGCCCCUUCCGUUUAACAGCUCACGUACGUCUACUGGUAAUGAAAGAUAUCUCGCACUGCUGCUCUUCUCUAUAUGGAAACUUAUAGAGUUCAUUCAGACCUUUUUGACGUCACAUCUGCAUGCUUACAUUCAUGGCCAAUGAAACACAUGCACAAGAGCUCGGUGUGUGUUGAGUGGGUUGGGUAGGGGAUGGGAGGAGGAGAGCAGUAGGUGGGGCGUGUUUCUGCACUGUAGUAUAAAAGUAACUGAAUGGGACUGCAGCGGGCUUUGACGGCGGAGGACAGUAGCAAUAGCUUCAUUCAAGCUGCUCUUGUUUUCCCGGUUAAUACCCUCAUGGAUUAUUGACGUUAGUGAUCUGUCAUUUUGCCUGCUGAUGCGUGAUAACACAUUAUACUGAUAACUGCUCAGGCUUUGCAAAAAAAAGACAAAAAGAAAUGCUAUAAACUACCUCUAGUAAGUGUGCAGAUGUUUCAGGUGUUCCCUGACCUCAAAGUCAAACCAACCAGCCCAAUAAUCGUAACUUCAAUCACAACAGAGUGCAAAAAGGUGGGUGGGGAGAACAGAGUAAGUGGGUAACGAUGCCUCUGGAUUUUGGAAUAUACGAGCGCCGUGCAGAUUACAAAUCUGAAAAACAGUGCCAGAGAACUUCGCUGGCUUUCUACCAGGCUGUGCGGGAUCUGCUGCCGGUGUGGCUGCUGGAGGACAUACGCGCCACCGAGGCGUUCCACUGGGAGGACGAAGGCCGCGCAUGCGCCUUCACGCCCUCCGAGGCGCUCCUCUACGCGCUCGUUCACGACCACCAGCAGUACGCGCGCCACCUGCUCCAGCGCUUCUCCGUGCGCGCGCUGGCCAUGCCGAGCGCGAGCUUCCGCUGCUGCGUGCACUCCGCCGCGCCGCACGUGGCCGUGGCCGUGCGCUACAACCGCGUGAGCAUUCUCAAGAUGAUCAUGAGCACCCUGAAGGAGUCAGGCGACGAAAGCGAGAAAAAGGCGCUCUUGAAUGAGCGCGGGUGCGCGCACACAGAGAGCGGCAAAACGGCGCUGCACCUGGCGUGCGACCUCGCGCGCCCAGAGUGCUUGCUACUGUUGCUAGCCAACGGCGCGUGCCCGUACGUCACAGACCGCUCAGGAGACACGCCUCUGGACUGGCUGCUUCAGCAAAUCAGCCAAAGCGGCAGAGACAUGAGAACGAAGCGCGUGUGCCUCGGAUAUCUGGUGCUGUUCAUGCCCACGCCACACUUCCGCAUGCGCAAUGAUCUGCGUGAGAACCCCGCACUGUGGAGCCGCAUCAUCGGGGAACAGGGGCUCCAGUGGCUCAUCGGUCAAUGUCCACCGUCCCUCUUCGUGCAAUGCAUGCGCAAUGUGAUGCGCUGUGUUCCUGACGAACAGCUCGAGUCUCUGCCCGAUUUCCUCAAACCACCUGAUUUUAGACUGCACCAGUGUUAAAGGACGCACUCUGCCUUACUUGGACAGAAACGGAUCUAAAAACAUUGUGCUUGGAGGAGAAGAGAAGAAAAGAAGAUAUGAGGGUCACAGAUGGCCUCAGAACUAGGCAAAAUAUCACAGAUAAAAAAAAAAAAUAAAACAACCACAAAUCGAUGCCAAAUGAAUGCAACGUUGAUAUACUUACCAUAUUUCAUUUGCAUAAUAUUUCAGAGGUGUCUGUGGUCCAAACAGAAUUACAGACAAGUCACAAGUGAAAAAAUAAAAAGACACUAGCACUA